AAUAUUAUUUACUCUGGUCCUCCAAACUUGUAAAACUAGCUAGAUAAUCUGUGUCUGCAGGAUUAUUGAGUGACCGUGAUGCAAAAAACCAUGUUCUUCAUCGGCUUUGCUAUCCUCUCCAUCCUUCCAACAGUUGCCACGAGCCUCCGCGACAUGCUGACCACUUCAAGCCCCCUGAACGACGGUGAGACCCUCAUCUCCGCCGGCGGUACCUUUGCCCUCGGCUUCUUCAGUCCCAACAGCAGCUCCGGCAAGCGCUACGUAGCGAUUUGGUACCAUAACAUAUCUUCCCACGACGUCGUCUGGGUGGCCAACACUCGAAGUCCGGUUGCAGGCUCCGGCGGCUCACUCGCCCUGACCUCAAACGGUACCCUUCUGGUCUUUGACCACAAAAACACCGCCAUUUGGUCCUCUCCGUCCACCGGAAAAACCACCACUGGUACCGCAAUCAACCCAACCGCUCAACUCCUCGACUCCGGAAACCUGAUCGUGAGAGAUGAUGUCUUCGGUAACAACUACAUAUGGCAGAGCUUCGACCACCCUUCGAACACUAUGAUUGCAGGGAUGUUUAUAGGCUGGGACCUUCGCACACAUCUCAACCGCAACCUAACUUCCUGGGCGAGUCCCACCGAUCCAUCGCCAGGGGAAUAUACAACCGCAAUCAACCUCAGCGGAGUUCCGCAAGUCAUCGUUACCCAAGGCCACAGCGUGUUCUUUCGCGGUGGCCCGAUGAUCGGAAAUAGAUUAGUCGGCAUGCCGGAAACACCAAAUUAUGCAGUCAUUACCGUCACCUUCGUGACAACAACCGAGGAGGUGGGAUACUACUUCGAGCCGGCCGUCAACAACGUCAUGUCGAUGCUGAGGUUAAAUUCAAACGGGACCGGGCAGCGAUUCGUUUGGAUUGACCCGCCGGGGCAGUGGAGCCUGUUCUCCGAGUCACCGCAGGACCGAUGCGACGAGUUCUCGCUUUGCGGGCCAUUCGGGACUUGCAACGCUUACGAGUCGCCGUCUUGCCGCUGUCUGUAUGGGUUUCGGCCCAAGAACCCGCCCCGAUGGGUGCUAAGAGAUGCUAGAGAUGGGUGCAUGAGGAACAAAACCCUCGACUGUCGGAACGGAACAGGUACUGAUGGAUUCGUUACGGUGAGUGGGGUGAAACUUCCAGACACCUCGGCGGCGGUGGCAGACAGCAGCCUGGGAUCAGAAGAGUGCAAAGCGAGGUGUUUGAAGAAUUGUUCUUGCACAGCGUACUCGCUGGCUGGCGCCGCCGGUGGCGGGAGUGGCUGCAUAAUAUGGGCUGGCGAGCUUAAUGACAUGCGCUUUUUCCCCACCGGUGGCUCUGAGCUCUUUGUGCGCGUCGCCGCGAGCGACGCUUCAGGCACAGUAUCAAGCCAAUAUAAUCACAAGGGCAAAAGGAUAAUUGCAAUUGUUGUGCCACUUAUCGGAAGUUUGCUCAUUGGAUGUAUAUUAAUCAGUUGUUUGAUAGCUUAUCACAACAAGAAAAAGGAAAGAACUCGAAGAUAUCAUAAAGAAAAUGAUGAAAUGGCAAGUGAUAAUGACAUUGAUCUACCUUUCUAUGAUUUUGAAACCAUUGUUGAAGCAACAAAUAACUUCUCAGAAGAGAACAAGCUUGGAGAGGGUGGUUUUGGCCCUGUUUAUAAGGGAAAGAAAAGGGAUGGAAAAGAGAUAGCUGUGAAAAGGCUCUCCAAAAGCUCGAAGCAAGGGGCAAAUGAGUUCAAAAAUGAGGUGAUGUCAAUAGCUAAGCUUCAACAUAGAAAUCUAGUUCUACUUUUAGGUUGUUGCAUACAGAGACAUGAAAGGAUGCUAAUAUAUGAAUAUAUGCCUAACAAAAGCUUGGAUACUUUUCUAUUUGAUAAGGAAAAAAAAGUAUUGUUAAAUUGGAAAAUGCGUUAUAAAAUAAUCAUCGGAAUAGCUCGAGGACUUCUAUAUCUUCAUCAAGAUUCGGCGGUUAGAAUUAUUCAUAGAGAUUUGAAAGCUAGUAACAUUCUUCUCAACCAAGAGAUGGAGCCGAAAAUUUCAGACUUUGGCUUGGCAAGAAUAUUUAGAGGAGAUGAUACAAAAUCUGAGACCAAAAGAGUAGUAGGAACAUAUGGCUAUAUGUCUCCCGAAUAUGUGAUGGAAGGCAUUUUUUCAAUAAAAUCUGAUGUAUUUAGUUAUGGAGUUAUAAUUCUUGAGAUUAUAAGCAAUCGAAGGAAUACAGGUUCUCCUUCUCAAUCCAACAAUCAUCUUAUAGACCGAGCAUGGAUCUUAUGGAAUGAAGGAAAAGCCAUAGAAUUAGUUGAUGAAUCAAUAAGCAAUUCAUUUCCUAUUAUUGAAGUGCUAAGAUGCAUCAAAGUAGGACUUUUAUGUGUUCAAGAAUACACUAAUGAUAGACCAUUGAUGUCUUCAGUGAUAUUGAUGUUAACCAGUGGGACGGAGGUGUUACCAGAGCCUAAGCGUCCUGGAUUUGUUUCGAGGAGGUAUUCUUUUGAAGAGGACCAUUCAAGUUCAAUCAAGCAAGGAGUUGAGUCUAUAAAUGAUGUAUCGUUGACAGUACUAGAUGGGAGAUGAUGAAGAGUUCAUCAAUAAUUUUAGUAACAUUUUAGCAAUAUAAACUCAAAAUUAAAUUUA